AUCCCUCUUCCUGUUACAGAUAAGCCUGGCGCAGCCCUGCUGACCCCAGACCCUCCUCCCUCACCACCCUCCAUGUCGGAGAAUCAAGUCCCCAAGACCCCUGCGCUGCCCCUCCAUCCCGUAAACACCCCCAGCCCCCGCCCCCCGUCUCGCCCAGCCCGCUGUUCCCCAAGUCCCCAUCCCAGCCUAAAUCGUGCCUGCAGCAGGACAGCCCCAGAGGCCAGCGCGCAUCCAUGAGGCGGGGGGCGCGGCUCGGCCCCGCCCCCGCCCUGCAACUUGACCCGGGCUGCGACCCCCGGCUCUGACGUCUCGGAAAAUUCCCCCCUGCCCAGGCCCUCGAGGGAGGGGGUGCAUGGUAUGAAAUGGGGCUGAGACCCCCGGCUGGGGGCAGAGGAACCCGCCAGAGAGCACUCCCCGAGAGCAUCCAUGGACUUGUGGAGCUGGGAUGAAGCAUCACCACAGGAAGUGCCUCGCGGGAACAAGCUGACAGGGCUGGACGGAGCUGAAUUCGGCUUCUAUUUCCCGGAUCUGGCGCUCCAAGGGGACAUGCCAACAGCAGAGACUAGCUGGAAAGGGUUCCCGCAGCUGGACUGGGACUCCGCGUUCCUGCACCCAGAAGCGCCAUGGGGGGCGGAGCCCGCUCCUCAGCUUCUUCCGUGCUCCGGGGACUGGACAGACCUGGCGUGCGCCGCCUCGGACCCUUGGAGCCGCGUCUGCGGGACCCCGGACCCCGCCCCUCCCUGCCCGGGCCCCGCCCCGCUCUCUGGCUCCGGAGGGGCGGCGGGCCAGAAGUGUGCCACCUCGGCGGGGGGCGCCCCCUCGUGGACGCGCGCCCAGGCGGCCAGGGGCGCCACCCGCUGGGACUGUUCGGUCGGCCCCGACGGUGCCACCUACUGGGGCAACGGCCUGGACCCGGAACCGCGCGCGGACUAUGCCCUUUCGUGGGCCGGGCCCGCGGGCGCGGACUGCACCGCCUGCUGGAGCCCGGGGCUGCACGCGGACUGCACCGCCUCUGCGAAGGGGUACCGGGGCUCCGCUCUCGCCACGUCCUCCGAACCGGGCCAGCAGUCGGACCGUGCCGCUUUGGCUCGUUACCCCAAAACUAACCAGCGAGGUCCCAUCCAGCUGUGGCAGUUCCUCCUGGAGCUGCUCCACGACGGGGAGCGUAGCAACUGCAUCCGCUGGACGGGCAACAGCCGCGAGUUCCAGCUGUGCGACCCCAAAGAGGUGGCUCGGCUGUGGGGCGAGCGCAAGAGGAAGCCCGGCAUGAAUUACGAGAAGCUGAGCCGAGGCCUGCGCUACUACUACCGCCGCGACAUCGUGCGCAAGAGCGGCGGGCGCAAGUACACGUACCGCUUCGGGGGCCGAGUGCCGGGCCUAGCCUGUGCGGACCGCGCGGGGGGCGGACAGGGAGCAGACACACAAUAAAAGUAUCCGGAUAAAACUC